UCCUGCGGAAACCACCAGCCACGUGACCCACCACUGACUGGCUGAAGAAAUUGAUCACUAGCGUGUCAGUCACCAGCAACUCUUUCGCCAUCCCAUCGUACCGGUGUGCCUAAUCACAUCUAUUGCUCCCUCUGCCUCCGGCACCACCACCACCACCACCCACCUGCUCGCGACGCCGGCUCAUCGUCAUGUCCAACGCUCCUUUUGAUCCCGAGUCCAACCUGGAGGAGACGCUCUUGAAUACCACGUUCUACUCGGCCCCAACACCUGCCAGCCAUGUCAACACCCUCCGCAACUCGAUCCAGUUCAAGCACUCGCCGUCCAUGACGUCCAUCCACGCCAAAACCGCCCCAGGCAACGGCAACCACGAGAGGACUUCGUUCAUGAAAGUAUCUCCGUCGAUGAAGGCUUUGGAAUCCAUCCUCAACGAGAAGACUCAGCUGACCACGUCGUUCGCCAGCCAGAUAUUGGAGGAGGACGAGGAGGACGAGGCGCUCAAACCGCCCCUGCGCCUGGCGCUAGCGUCCUCCCACAACCCGUACACGGAAUCCGCCCAACGAGACUCCACCUACUCGGUACAAUCGUUCGAGACAGCACGCUCCCAGACCCCAUCGUUGGAAGCAGUGUCUGAGCACACUAACAAGCGGUCGAUCACCACCAUCGACGAGAUGGGCUACGCCACCAACGACGACACUCCCGAACUAGCGCAACAAGCCACCUUCCACGACUACAAACACGUGUCGGUGGUGGGUGCUGACCUCCAGCCAAAGAUUGUCGACAAUACGGCCUCCAGAAACGUCAGUGGCACCUCUGCCUACACCAGUGGAAGUAGUGUGUACACCCUCAAAGCGCCUACAGAGCGGAGAUUGUCGGACCAGGAAGACACCUUGAUAGACGAAAAGAGCGACGCCACCCACAGCACCUCGGAAGAAACCAUGCGCAACACCUCCGACAACUCCGGCGCCUCCCACAAGAAGCAGGUCCAACCUCGUUACAUUUCCCAUCCUGCCGCAUCGGGAGCCUCUACCAGGGCUCCGCCUCACAUCACCGAGCCCCAGGCAGCCGUUCCAUCCACACCUCCUCGAUUCCCUUCACUUCCCGUGUCGGCAUCCUCCCCUGCACUUUCAAUGGCUUCCAACGACGGAAAGUAUCCACUUUCCAAACCUGCCAUUCACCACCCAGCUGCGCCCUCUCCCAAACCAAAAUCGUUACUCGAUGCAGCAGGAGAAGUGCCUACGCAAAGGUCACCAUAUCUGAGAUCCAAAUCAACGUACUCCUUAGCAGAGAGUGGCAAGAAUGUCCCCGACUCCGUUCCAACUGGGACCAGACACAAGAGAAGUAGUACCUUGGGCAAUCUUUCCAGAAUCACCCGCAACGUGCCCAGUGAACCAGCAGCACCCGCUGCAGAAAAGAAGAGGUUUAGUUUCAAAGCAUUAUUCAAAUCCAAAUCAAAGAACCACUCGUUGAGUGACGAGUCCAAACCUAAUAAAUUGAGCUCAAAGUCUUAUUCAACAUCUAACUUAUCUUCAUUCGGUAAAACAGACAAUUCUGAUGCUGCAUCUAGCAACGCAUUAGACAAGAAAAAGAGUAGAAAUGAAUCAUCCAACUCCUUACUCAAUGUGUUCAAAAAGAACAAAUCCUCAGAAACCUUGCAUAAAUUCACGGUAAAUGAUACCAAUACUGAAGGGCAAAAAAGCAGUGUCAAUUCUCAGCAACAAUCGGGCUCGGUUGAAACCAACAAGGUUAAGCCUACAACUCUUGAUCACCCACUUCCUGUUGCUGCUCCAAUCAUUACUCCACCUCCAUCAUCUCAAUAUCAAACGGAAGAACCAGAGACUCCCAAGUCGUUGCCAUCGCCAACCAUUGGCAACGGUGGUUCCGUCAUGGAAAUGAACACAUCGGACCUUAAUUACAAGCGCUCUUUCAAAUCUAAUACCAAAAUCAACUUUAUUAGAGAAGUUACCGAUGAUGACUAUGAUCCUUACAAGCAACCAAAUAGUGACGAAUUUCAAACAGAGUCUGAGCAAGAUGACGAAUACUUCGAUCAAUAUGAUUCAAACAAUCUCCUUAAUAACCCUCCCACGAAGAUUGCUAAUACAAGAUAUGACGAAGAAAUGCUGUUGAUUUCUAGCCCUGUUCAAGAUGGCCCUAUUAAUGUCGCUUUUGGGUCACCAUUCGAUGUGAACUAUGACUCUGACAAGACUCCUAAACAGGUCUUACAACCGACGUCAAUGCAACCCAAGACCUUGGAACCUCCUAAAUCAUCAAGUGAAUUGUUAAAAAUUACUGGAGAUUCUCAAAAGGAUGAUUCUCAACUCUUGGGUGAGGUUUUAUUCCCUAAAAGUUUAAAUGCACAAGAAGUUGAAAGUAUUGUUUCAUUGGAGAGAUCAAGGUCAAUGAGAUCAAUAAGGUCAAUCAAACGCAAUUCGUUUGUUAACUACAACGGAAGUGAUGAAAAUAUUAUUCAAUACACUGGGCCACCCCCAUCAUCUCCUCCUACGAAAUCAGGAAUGACUCGUUCUAAUUCUAUUUUGAAGAAUUCGGCAUCAAGAAGAAAUUUGAACCUGGAACUUUAUACAUCAAUUGAUUCAAAGGUCAACACUGUCGAUAACACACUUAAUAACAACCAUGAUACUACAGACGACCAAUAUCAAGAUUUAAUAGAGUUCACUGAUUUCAUUGACAUUGAUAAUUUGAGUUUCUCCAACUCACCCAAGGAAGUUUUGGAGUUAUCACCUAGAGUUUUGGUUGAGCCCCAGCAACGUUCUGAAGUUAAUUCCUUUAAUGUUCCACCAUUGUCGUUAUCCUCUCCAUCUGAGUCUCCCAAAGAACUGAUGGAAUCUAAUCUUCCAGUUCCAAUGCCUUUGGCGGGUCCUCCUAUAAGUGCCAAGGAAAGUCUUCCAACAAUUACUUUGUCACCUUCCCCUGAGAUAGUUGAGACCAAUGUUGUCCCUAGUGAUUCAUCCUCGAUUAAGGAAACACUGCCUGAAUCCCCUAUAUUAGUUGAAGAUGAUGACCAAGCUUCAGCUGACCACUAUCAUAAAAAGGCUGAUCUUGAAGACAACACUAAUCUCAUUGAAACAUCUCCAAUUUUGGAAACAGCCCUCAGAACUCUGAGCUCUCCAUUAUUGAACGAAGAUGGAAAGAGUCAAUUCAAUAACAGGCCCAUUUCAAUGUCAUUCAGAGGUUUGAAGGGUCCUUCUUUUGGAGGCAAGAUUGCUCAACACAACAUCAGAAGUAGUGAUUCCCAUCAGUCUUUCAAUAUUUCUUUUGGUGAAGAUAGCGAUGUUGGAGGAGGAUUCGGUUCCAGUGACGAAGAAGAUGGAUUUGGAAGUGACAUAGCUUCUGACGCAUCUUACUUCAGCAACAAGGAGAAUGAGGUUCGGGUAGAAGUGCAAGCUCCAAAGACCAUUCCAAAGCCUAGAAACAAGAGUAAGUUUGGCAACAUGUCCAAGAAGGAUAAUGCCUUGCCUCCGUUGCCACCACCUCCACCAAAACAUCAAAGGGUGCCAUCAUUCACUGAUACCGCAUCCACCAGUUCGAGCCCUAAGUCAUUCGGGUCCAUCAUCUCCAGGAAGUGGAAGAAAUCGCCUAACUUGGCGCCAUCUAACCCCCCACAGGUGUUGGUGUCACAGAAAUCUGCUGGAGGAGUCAGGUUUUCGUCUAGGAUCAUUCUCUAUGACACCUAUAAUGGCGAGGAAUACGACAGGCACCCAGACACCGCUACCUGUAACCAAUUGACCCCUUUGUUGGCGCAACAGAUCAAGGAUGAAUUGAACUCGUUUAAGAGCGAGAUGGAGAUCCACUCCGAGUCCCGCUGCUACACCCAUUUUUUCUAGAUCCAGUUGUGUCAGAAAGGGGUAGUACCACGGAGGUUCAAGAAGGGGGUUGGACUCCAUGUCCAGUAAGCAUAUUAAUCACUUCCUACACUGUACUAAAUGACAUUUAUAUUGCACAUCUACGCUAGC